CGCCCCCCAGGCACCCACACCCCGGCACCCCCGGGGACUGCUCCGGGAGGCGGCAGCAGCGCCUCCAGCUCCACCAUGACGCGCCCCAAGCGCUCCAGACGGCCCGGCGCGGGCGGCAGCGAAAAUGUGGGCACCAGGAGUGUGAAUGCCCAGAGCCCCUGAAGACCUAGAUUGCAUCCUCGUGUGAAACCUAAGAAGGCAAAACGGACCUCUCCUGUCGCAGUUACUGGGCCUGCCCGACCCAGCUCCAAGCCUUUUCUUGAGUGCUCCUGCUGUAUGCCGGAUCCCUAAAGGCCUCCAGCCUGAGACCUUACCCCACUUGGUGCCUCCCCUGGCUGCUCGGCACACAUGGGCCAUCUUUGGGUCUCAGACAUGUCCUACCACCUCAAGCGCCUCAACCAGUGAAAUUGUUUUGAACUAAUGCCAGGCCACCAGGCCCUUCUGCGCUUUUCCAGAAAGGCCUGAAGCCAGUCUUGCAGACGGAUUGGAGUAGACGUUGGAUGGCAGAACCCUAGGCUCUGAAGAGCACUGGAGUGCCAGGGGCAGAGAGUCUCAGCCAUGGCUUAUCUGGAAAAGCCCCUGGGGGCUGCACAUGCCUGUUGACCAUUGAUUGGAAGGAAUGCUCACUGAGGUGAGGAAAUGCAGCCACCAAGUCUUGGACAACCCGAAACCUUCAAGCCCCCUGAAGAAUUUCCAAAUGUCAGAACUUCCCUGUCAUUGCAGCCUAGAGUGGGACCAUUGUGCUCAAGGAAACAUGGGGGUUUCAAACUCCACCACCAAUGGGACACAGGGCCCCUAUUCACCAGCUCUGUGAUCCCAGGCACAUUGCCGGACUACCUCAUGUCUCCGUUUUCCUGAUAUGUAUUAACGGCUGUGAUGACAGAUGGAUCUCCGAGGGCUGUGCCUGCCCUUGGACAAGGACCCAAUGCCCAACCCCAGGCCAGCCAAGCCCUUGGCCCCUUCCUUGGUACUCAGCCCAUCCCCAGGAGCCUUGCCCAGCUGGAGGGCUGCACCCAAGGCCUCAGACCAGCUGGGCACCAAGAGCCCUGGGACAACUUUCCAAGGCCGGGAUCUCCGAAGCGGGGCCCACACCUCCUCUUCCUCCUUGAACCCCAUGCCACCAUCGCAGCUGCAGAUGCCCACAGUACCCCUUGUCAUGGUGGCACCCUCCGGAGCUCGGCUGGGUCCCUCUCCCCACUUGCAGGCGCUCCUCCAGGACAGGCCACACUUCGUGCACCAGCUCUCAACAGUGGACACCCAUGCCCGGACUCCUGUGCUGCAGGUGCGCCCACUGGACAGCCCAGCCAUGAUCAGCCUCCCGCCACCCACUGCUGCUACGGGGCUCUUCUCUCUCAAGGCCCGGCCUGGCCUGCCACCUGGGAUCAACGUGGCCAGCCUGGAGUGGGUGUCCAGGGAGCCAGCACUGCUCUGCACCUUCCCAAGCCCCGGCAUGCCUAGGAAAGACAGGUCAGUGCGCAGGGCUGGGAAGGCUCCCUGCCCUGCCACCCCUGCCCCUGACACUUUUUGUCCCCCCAGCACCCUUUCGACUGUGCCCCAGGGCUCCUACUCACUGCUGGCAAAUGGUGUCUGCAAGUGGCCCGGAUGUGAGAAGGUCUUCAAGGAGCCAGAGGACUUCCUCAAGCACUGCCAGGCAGACCAUCUCCUGGAUGAGAAGGGCAGGGCGCAGUGUCUGCUCCAGAGGGAGGUGGUGCAAUCUCUGGAGCAACAGCUGGUGCUGGAGAAGGAGAAGCUGGGUGCUAUGCAGGCCCAUCUGGCCGGGAAGAUGGCCCCAACCAAGGCUCCAUCUGCGGCAUCAUCUGACAAGGGCUCCUGCUGUAUCGUAGCCACUGGCACCCCAGGCACCACCGUCCCGGCCUGGCCAGGACCCCAGGAGGCCCCCGAUGGCCUGUUUGCCGUGCGGAGGCACCUCUGGGGCAGCCAUGGAAACGGCACAUUCCCAGAGUUCUUCCACAACAUGGACUACUUCAAGUUCCACAAUAUGCGGCCCCCUUUCACCUAUGCCACCCUCAUCCGCUGGGCCAUCCUGGAGGCUCCUGAGAAGCAGCGGACACUCAACGAGAUCUAUCACUGGUUUACACGCAUGUUUGCCUUCUUCAGAAACCACCCGGCCACCUGGAAGAAUGCCAUCCGCCACAACCUGAGCCUGCACAAGUGCUUCGUACGCGUGGAGAGUGAGAAGGGGGCUGUGUGGACCGUGGAUGAGUUCGAGUUCCGCAAGAAGAGGAGCCAGAGGCCCAGCAGGUGUUCCAACCCCACACCUGGCCCCUGAUCUCAGAGCCAAGGAGAGAAGGGAGGACAGGGGAGGGGAUCGAAGUGGCUGGGGGCAGGGGUGACCAGCCCUGGACAUGCCUGCAGGGACCAAGAAGUAAGGUGUGCACUGUCCUGCCAGUCAGGGACCCCACUCCCCAGCUGACUGCCCUCUUGGAUCACACGCUCUGCACCAAGGAUGCUCAGAGGGACCCCAGGCCCAGCCCUGCACCCACUCCCCAGCCCCCUGUGACGGGCUCUUCAGCCAAACUGAGAGUUCACAACCAGUCAUACACACAGCCUGCCUCAGUCACUCUCACAGAUGACCUUGGAGCUGGAAAAGGACACAUAAGAGUCGCAAUCCUGUCCCCUAGGCUCGAUACAAACCCCCAAAACAUGAAGAGCCUGCCUCAGUACACUCACACCACCUCAAGUUUGCAGUCAGUCACACCCGCACACAGUCAACCCACAUCCCCCAAAGCACACACCCACAGCUGGCUUCCAGGCCCACAGGUGCAGUGUCACAUAAGGCAGGCCCUGAUAUUAACACAGAAGCAGCCUCGGGACCUUCAGGAUGUCAAGUUCCAGAAAGCCACCCAGACGCAUGCACGCAGGUCACACACGGUAACGCAUGGCUCCCAACACACAUGCUUGAUUACACAGACUCUGAACUCACCAGCACAUCUUAUGUGCACAGGCACACCCACGUGUGUGGGUGCACAACACCCCGAUGGGCCUCCGGAGUCCCAGGCAGACGCCAAGGGCUACACACACUGACUCACCAAAUGUAUCCAGGGUCUCACCUGCCACCUACCCCUUCCCCACCCUGAGCCCUGCACCCUCCUCCAUGCCUCAGCUUAGACUGCAGACAGAGCCCCUCAUUUAUUUGAGAUCCAAGACCCCAACCCCUGCCCGGUGCCCUCCACAAUAAACUGAAGCCAAGCUCCCACA